AUGGUCUGCGCAAAGUGUGAAAAAAAGUUGGCUAAAGUUAUUUGUCCGGACAAAUGGAAAGAAGGUUCAAGAAAUGUAGCAGUUGGCACAGACAGAAAGCUUCAUGAGAACAAAUUAUUAAGUAAACCCGGUAAAAGUCGGUUUAAACCAUAUGAAAAUAAGUGCAAAGUUUGCAAAUCUCGAGUACAUCAGGAGCAUGCGCAUUAUUGCCAAAGUUGCGCAUACAAACAAGGGAUAUGUGCAAUGUGUGGAAAACAGAUUCUUGAUACAACAAUGUACAAACAAACCUUGCCAUCGGAUUUAUCAAUUCCUUCAAUUUCAAAAAUUUCUUCUUUGCGACGUUUCGGUGUAACAAAGCAAAAACAGCCACCACCACAGCAACCAGUAGCGCCAAAAACAAUUCCACCUGAUUUGUUGCUUCGCAUUCUUUUAUUUCUUCCAAUACCUUCUCUUUCAAAUUUUGCCCGUGCUUGUCGUCGUUACAAAAUACUAGUUUAUGACGAUGAAUUAUGGGAGCACCAUCUGAAAAUAUUGGGUAUAAACAAAAUCUAUGAUAAUAAUGUUAUGGAUGUUUCUAUAGAUCUUUUAUGCGAAAAUACUGUAGAUGAAAUCAAAGGAAAAUCUACUCAAAAGGACAAUAUUUCAACUUCAUCACCAGUAACCAGUCAACCUUUAGAAUUUGAUUCAACAAUUACAGAAUCACAAAAGAAACUGAGUUUGGUUCCUGGAAUUCCAAUGAAUUCUUAUUUACGAAAAUCUCGUACUACGUCUACUGGUGCUGCAAGGGAGACUUUUAAAAAAAUUUACACUGCAUUAUUUCCUUACUAUAUAGAUUUUAGAACUAAACGAAAGGACAGUCGUUUAUUUAAAGAGUACAAUGACCCAUCUGAUCAAGCUAAGAUGUUGGCUCGAUUGACUAAAUUUGGAAAUUUGAAUGCUACUUAUGAUUCAGAUCAGAUUAAUAGUGUUCUUGAGACCGUUGUCGAAUAUUUUGAAAAUUCUGCGCUUCAUCAUUUUGAAUUAGCAUAUGAUGCUCAUAAUUUAAAUGAAAUGAAGAAAUGGGCUAUUCGUCUUAUAUAUUUGAAUGGAGGUAUAACUUGCAUUCAAGUCUACAUACAGAAAAAUUCCAUAUUUUUUGAUCAUCUAUAUAAUCCAAUGGAUAAUUUUACACAAAUUACGGCAUUAUCUAAUGAAGAAUUGAGUUUUACAUCCAUGUCUGAGUUUUUUAGCUAUGUAGAAGAUGAAUUAAAAAAACAAGCCGCUUUGAUAGAUAAGAUAUUUCCACCUGAUACAAACGUUUUUCAUAGUUUCGCUGAACGUGUUUUUGAAGAUUUGAUCACAGAUUACAUCUCAGAAGUUUUAAAUGAAGCUCGUGAUCGAGAUAUUAUCCUAUACCUCAAGGCUGCAGUUGCGGCUCACAUUCGUUGUUUACAUGUAGCAGAAAUUCUUUGGAAAGAAGUCGAACCUAGUAUGGAUAAAUUAAAGGCUGAGAAACUUAUGUACCGUAUGUUUGAACCUUUCAUGGAUGAAUAUUUAAUGAUGGAACUUACAACUAUCAAAUUAAAUUGCGAUGAACAAAUUGAGAAAUGGAAUCAAAAGUUGAUUGAGAAAACAUCGGAAGGGCAGACUAUCCUUAUCAAUCCUAAUCGGGAAAUUUAUAAACAUGACUACUUAAAAUAUUUUCGAAAAAUUCUUACGCUACCUGCUUCACGUCAAAGGAAUUCAACUUCUUCUAAGUCGUCACAAACGAGUUAUAAUUUUGAUAGAAGAGGCAGUGCUGCAAGCUCUCAUAGUAUCAAAAGUUUAAAUAGUCCUUCUAACUCGUCAGAUUUACAAGCGGCAUUAUUGAAUAUUAAAGUUGAUAAACUACAACAGUUGUUAAGCGUGGAGAUGACCUUGCAUAUGAUACAUGCCAAUAAGGAUGCUUUACAUAGAAUAAGCGUAUUUCUGGGUUAUCCGGACAAGAUGGGUUAUAGAGUAAAAAGUACUUUAGAAAGAGUAUUUAUAAUGUUUCUUCAAGCACUCGGAUUGAGACAUAUUAAACGAGGUUUUGACACUGCCACGCAGCGCCUUGGAGAAUAUAAGCCUGACACUGAAUCCACUUCGAAAGGCGUUGCACCUUUAGUAGAAUUUUUUGAAUUAGUUCACAUUGCUGAUUUGAUACAACAAAUGGUUGAAGUAUACUUUACCGAAGAAAUGAGCCGAUUUAUUGAUAAAACAGAUUUCUUUAAUAUUUGUAUUAAGGAAAAGAAAACAUUUGAAAAGAACCUUGAUGAAAGCGUAGCAGCUGGUUUGAACAAAGGUAUUCAGGUCCUUAUUGAUCACGUGGAAUUUAUACUAAGCACAGAACAGAGAUCUGAAGAGUUUAAUCCUCCAAUAAACACGCCACUGGAUUUAAAACCUACCAAGGCAUGUGUACAUGCGGUAGAGUGUCUUUCAUCACAUGCCAAAUUGGUAAUUGGUUGUUCAGAUAAGAAUACCUUGGAUGUGUUCUUUCAAGAAAUCGGGAUUAGAUUUUUUGGAUCAUUAGUAAAACAUCUGAAAAAAUAUACUGUAAACAUUAACGGUGGUUUCCAAGUUAUCAGUGAUUUAAACCAUUAUUGCUCUUUCGCCACCUCUCUUAAACAACCAAGCAUCACUUCGUAUUUUAUUGCCCUUAAAGAACUUGGGAGUGUAUAUAUUAUUUCUAAUGCACGUGAUGUCGGGUUAUUCGUUAGGGAGGCAGGAAGAUUUAAGGGUGUUUUCCUUGCUGAAGAAGUUUAUGAGUUCUGCCAAAAACGUGAAGAUUGGCUUGCAAUUAAGCAUGCAGUUGAGAAAGAACUAUAUGGUUUAAAGCCUGAAGAUUGCGUGUUGAUGUAA